GGGGGCUGUUUGUUGUGGGGGGGGGGAAGAGAGACCCAGAGACACACGUACACAGACAGUCUGCCAGCUGAUGGGUGUAGUAAAGGGGCAAAACAAACGCCUCAGCGGAGUCGCUUCGCCCCUGGACGUUUAGAGGGAGUGAAUCUUUAAUAUUUUUUUUGGGAGGAAUAACCAGCUACUCCUGGAGGUUUGAACACCCGCAAGAAGAAUAUUUCACAUACUUUGGGGGAAAAAGAAACACCCCCUCACGAGUGAUUUGACAAGCAAAGGCGGCAGGAGAGGUUUUCAUUCACUGGAGACGAGACAGAUGAUAAAUUUGUGAAAUUUACCCUUUGAACAACCCAAAUGUGAACCAGAGAGAGAGAGAGAGAGACACACACACGGGGAAAAUGUAGGAUCUGCAACAGCGAAUAACAGAGGGUGUCGGUUCCCGAGUCUCACAAAGUGCCUUCUACAUGUUUGCAAGUGUUAUGGACGUGAGUGUGUUCAAAAGGAGGAGAGGGUCGAGUUGGGAGAUGCGAUGGUCACUAUGUGUCCUGAUGGCAGCCGCGGUUACUACUUGCUCCUGGCCGGACUCUGCCUCUUCGCCGCCUCUUGCUUCCACUCCGAGGACGAUUCUCCCUCCCUUCUGGCCUGGCUUUUCUGCAGGCUCCUCUUCUAUUCGGCCCUGAGCCUGGGCAGCCUGCUGCUGGGUAGCCUCUUGGUCCUGGCCAAGCAAAGCCGCCUCAAGCCACUCUGCUUCCCCAGAGAGAUGGACAAGUCGCCCGGGGCUCCCCAGCUUCUGCGACAGCUCACGGGUCGUCUGUCGGGCAGUUCAUCUGAAUCUGUGCACACACGAAGAGUGGUCCUUUCACACAACAUGGAUAAAGCUUUGAAAGAAGUUUUUGACUACAGCUACAGGGAUUACAUCCUUUCCUGGUAUGUGAAGAUCAGCAAAGAUGAAGGACAUCUGUACCAUAUGCUCUCUGAAGAUUUCUGGGAAAUGACAAAGCAAUUGCGCAUUCGACUCAGUAACAUUGACAUAGUUAAAUUAGUUUGUAAUGAUGUAGUCCGGACUGUACUCACUCACUUCUGUGACCUCAAGGCAGCGAAUACAAGACAAGAGGACCAGCAGCCGAAACCCUUUCCCCUCCAUCCGUGCUUGAAGAGCUUUGAGGAUGAGGACCAAUUCCUACGCAUGUGCUCCAGGGUGCUGGUGAUUCUUCUCUUAAAUACAAAAGAUGUCACUUCUCAUAGCCUAAAGAUUGUUCUUGCAGAAAUAUUAGCCAUGAAAGUCCUAAAACCAAUGGUGGAAUUGCUGAGUGAUCCAGACUACAUUAAUCGAAUGCUGCUAACCCAGAUGGAACAUAGGGAACAAGUGAAUGAGCGUCACAAGAAAGCCUACACUUAUGCCCCUUCAUAUGAGGAGUUCAUCAAGCUUAUCAACAGCAGCUGUGAUGUGGAGUUCUUAAAGCAGCUGAGGUAUCAAAUUGUUGUUGAAAUAAUUCAGGCAACUACAAUCAGCAGCUUACCUCAGAUGAAGAAACCAAAAGAUAGCAAAGGAAAAGAAUCAGCUGCCAUGAAAGCAGAUCUCCUCCGAGCCCGCAACAUGAAGAGGUACAUCAAUCAGCUCACAGUUGCUAAGAAACAGUGUGAGAAGCGAAUAAAACUUCUUGGGGGUCCAUUGUAUGGUCAGCAGGAAGAUGGUGAUGAGACCGAUACUCCUACAAAUCAAAAGAUUCUUCAGUUUGAAGAAAUCUUGUCAAAUCCAUCCUACAGGGAACAUUUCCGAGUAUACAUGGAAAGGAUGGACAAGAGGGCUCUCGUUAGCUUCUGGGAGUCUGUUGAAUACUUGAAAAAUGCAAACAAGACUGAAAUACCUCAACUCGUUGGUGAAAUCUACCAGAAUUACUUUGUGGAAAGCCGAGAAAUUCCAGUGGAGAAGGCACUUUAUAAAGAAAUCCAGCAAAGCCUUGUGGGUAACAAAGGAACUGAUGUCUUCACCAAAAUUCAGAGUGAUGUUUAUGAGACUCUUAAAGAGCGGUAUUACCCAUCAUUCCUUGUAAGUGACUUAUAUGAAAGACUUGCUAGAAGAGAAGAGGAAAAGAGCACUUUACAAUCCAGUACUGACAACCGUGAUGAUGUGAACCAGGUUUGUGAGAGCAGUGAGGAAGUCUUGGAUGAAGGCAGUAAUGGCAUUAAUGAGCAGGCUAGUUAUGCUGUCAACAAACUGCGACAGUUAAAUGAGAAACUGGAAUACAAGAGACAAGCUUUGGGCUCCAUCCAGAAUUCACCGAAACCUGACAGAAAGCCAGCCAAUCUUCUGUCCGUGCCAGUGUACAAUCCCUUACAUGUGUUUAAGUGGGUCAGGAAGACACUUAUUGCUCUAGUACAAGUUACUUUUGGAAGGACAAUCAACAAGCAAAUUCGCGACACAAUCAACUGGAUGGUCAGUGAACAGAUGUUAGUUUGCUACAUCAAUCUCUUUCGAGAUGCGUUCUGGCCAAAUGGUAAAUUAGCACCUCCUACAGCUGCCAGAACACAGCAACAGCGAUUGGAGACAAAGCACAAAGCCCAGCAGAAACUGCUCGAUAACAUUCCAGAUGCACUGCAGAAUCUUGUCGGACAGCAGAACGCACGACAUGGAAUUAUUAAAGUUUUCAAUGCACUUCAGGAAUCCAGUGCCAACAAGCAUCUCCUCUACAUGCUGCUGGAGCUGCUGCUGAUUGAGUUGUGUCCAGAACUGCGAAUUCAUUUGGAAGAACUUAAACUCUGCCCGAGCCUAACCAGCACCUCAUGAAUAUCUGUGAAGUAAAAGUCAUAAUGGACCUUUCUUUUUUUUAAAAAAAAAAGCACUAUCUACAGAAGGACGUAUAGGCCGGGAUUUAUUGAUGUUUGUUGUUUCACCUCACAUGUGACAGAUGUAGCACUAAGUGAAAUGAUUUUAUGCUGAAGCAUAAAGCUACUUACUUUUUCCUUUCAUGCUGAUAUCCAGUAGUUUGUUUCCUUAAGAAGUUCCGAUGCCAGUAAUUAAUGUUGUGAGAAAUGGAAUAAAUAUUUUAUAAGACAA